UCCAAAGCAAGGUUCUAGAGAACAUCUUCGUGUUUUCUACCAGCGCCCCAUCUUCAUACAAAGGAGGAAGAAGCGGGCAAAAACCAAAGACUUCUCCUUCCGCGGCCUGCCCAUUUCUGCGCCUUGCAGCGAGGUCGAGAAUGAAAUGUCAAGUCACAGGCAAGUCACUUUAUCUCAGGUGCAUCAUCUGAGGCAUUGAAGGCCUGACCAGCUGUGCUUCCCUGACUUUUCAAGGAAAAGAGAAGAACACUCCCAAACGACAAGUCCUUUGGAGAAUGGCACCUCCACGGCUGUGAUGGCUCCACAAAGGCCCCACUCACUGCUCCUACUCUUGCUGCUGACCCUGCUGGUGCUGGUGCUGGUACAGCCCUGUUAUGGCCAGGAUCACAUGUACCAACGGUUCCUGCGGCAACAUGUGGACCCCGAUGUGUCAACUGGCAGUGAUGGCUACUGCAACUUGAUGAUGCAAAGACGGAAGAUGACUUUGCACCAGUGCAAGCGCUUCAACACCUUCAUCCAUGAAAGUAUCUGGAACAUUCGUAGUAUCUGCAGCACCGCCAAUAUCCUGUGCAAGAAUGGCAAAAUGAACUGCCAUGAGGGUGUAAUGAAGGUCACAGACUGCAAGGAGACAGGAAAUUCCAAGGCCCCUAAUUGCAGAUAUCGGGCCAAGGCCAGCACUAGGCGUGUUGUCAUUGCCUGUGAGGGUAACCCAGAAGUGCCUGUACAUUUUGACAGGUAGACGCCACCCUUCAGGAGUUACCACCCAGCAGCAGCUUUAACUUACUCCUUGAAGAGCAAUGAGUAAUGUGUUUGAGCUGUCCCAAGCUCUGCCUCCUCUGCCCAUUUCUUAUUCUGUUACUCUAUAUAAACCAUUCUGUUGAAUACACUGCAUUGAAGAGAAAUGAAGACAUAAGCCUAUAGUGAGUCUAGGCUAUUCUGUAAUAAAUUUUUUUGCUUCCUUUUAUAAUACUGGUUAGCUUACUUCUCAUAGAUCCUAUCCUGUGGAAUAUAGUCAUUAUACUUAUUCAUAUAGCAUUUCAAGCAUUUCAGAGUACUUUCACCUAAGUUGUAUCAUUUUAAUACCACAACAUCUCUGUACUGUUGCUAUUAUAUGGAGGAGCCCAAAGUUAAGGGAUUUGCUGAAGACCUGAAUUUAGUGGAAAAGCUGAGGCAAAACUCCAGUUUAACUGGCUACUAAUCCAGGGCACAUUCUGCUUCAUCAAAAGGAAUGUUUUAAAAGUACUCACUUUUUGUUAUUCCUAAAAGUCAGAUGUUAGGGGAAGCAGUAACAUUUGGAAAUAUAUGCUGGCAAAAUAACAGUUCUGUCUGUAUAACUUGGCACCCUUGUGACAUUCCAGUCUGAUAAGAUCAAGAAAUGAUGCAAGGAACUUUCUUUUUUCUUGUUCCAAACUUUUGAAUCACUCUAACAAGUUAGAGUAUUAAAAAUGUACUAGAUCAUUAAGACUCAUUCACUCUUCCUGACUAAUUUUUUGUGUUUUCCUUGUAAUAAAGGACGUAAGCUAUAGGCAUCUGA